GGAGUCACACAGCAUCAUUAAAAGACACCACUUUUAUAGAAGAUAACACUAACCAAGCAAUUAAUAUCAAUUGUUGUUUGCAAAAAAAAUCUUAGUUUCUGAAAAUAUGUCUAGCUGUGGUUGUGGAAGCAGUUGCAACUGUGGUGAUAGCUGCAAAUGCAACAAGAGGUCUAGUGGAUUGAGCUACUCCGAAAUGGAAACCACAGAAACCGUGAUUCUUGGCGUCGGUCCGGCGAAGAUCCAGUUUGAUGGUGCUGAAAUGAGUGUUGCAGCUGAGGAUGGUGGCUGCAAGUGUGGUGAUAGCUGCACUUGUGACCCUUGCAACUGCAAAUGAAGUGCAACACAUGAAAGGUUGAAGCAGAGAUAUUGGAGGCAAUAUAUGUAAUGAUAUAAUGUAGAAAAAGCAUAUCAUAUAUGUUUGCUUUUUUAAAAUAAAAUAAAGUGGCUAUAGUUGCUUUGGGUUUGGUUGUCUUGUGUAAUGUUAAAGCUAAUUAUAGCUAAUAUCAAUCAUAAAUCUCUGCUUAUUAUAAA